AUGUCUGAAAACACUGAAGGAGUUGAUAAUUUAUUGCUGUUAUUGACUCAGCGAUCAGGCGGAGUUGAGAAGCUUUUGGAGAAUUUUUUCUCAUUCUUGGCCCGGAAAACGGAUUUCUACAGACCUCCAGAUAAGACUAGCGAAUCUUCGCUGGACCAUUGCGUUAAUUUGGUUUCUUACCACUGCAGGACCAUCGGUAUGAAGUACUCUGAGUUAAUUAACAAGAAUGCGAAUGCCAAGAAGCAGAAUUCCUCAUCUUCAAUCACUGCGCCCUCUACUCCGCUUUCCACUCCUCACAGCUCACAUACGGAACUGAAAAGCAGUUUGAAGAAGACUGCCAGUUUACCUGACGAGUCUCCCCCUCCUCGAAGUGGCAGAAGCAGAACUGAAAGUAACAUUAAAUUAAGCCCAAAUAAUUCCAAAUCUUUAUCUGAAACUUCCUCCAGCUCCAGCUCUUUUCCCUCUCAUUCCAUGGAUUCUGUCACUUUUACCCGUGAUAAUAUAAACAAAACUACGACAACUGCAGCUGAUUCUGAUAAAUCAGUAGAUAACAGUUUAGAAAACGGCUCUGAGCUACAGAAUAAUCGAGAAUUAGAGAAAGAUGAAAGUGACGAAGACGACUCUCUACCACCUCCUGGCAACGGUGGGAAAACUGAAUGGUAUGACUGGACCCAAACCUUGAGUUCACUGGAAGUUUCAGUAAAGUUGCCUCAAAAUACUAACAGCAAGAACAUUAAAGUCGACAUCAAUACCAAUUCACUAUCCGUAAAACUCAAUAACCAAAUCCUCUUCAGCGGAGACUUGUACGAUUUAGUAAAGAACGACGAGUCGAUUUGGACAAUCGUUGAUAAUAAAGUCCUUCAAAUAACUCUGGAAAAAAAGAACAAGAUGAACUGGUGGCCCACAGUCAUCAAGGGACACCCUGAAAUCGACGUCAAAAAGAUAGUUCCAGAAAAUAGUAAAUUGAGUGAUUUGGACACGGAAACUAGGAGCACAGUUGAGAAAAUGUUAUACGAUCAGCAGAGGAAGGCCGCCGGGCUUCCAACGAGUGAUCAGCAGAAGCAGUUUGAGGCUCUCGAAAAGUUCAAGAAGGCACAUCCUGAACUGGAUUUCUCUAACGCGAACAUACAGUUUUCAUAA